AUGCCGCCGCUUGAUGAAAAUAUGAAGCGAAGAUUUCGUAUCUACAUACUUGGCAUGACGGCGUUUUGGGCUGAAGUCCGAAAGGUAGAAGAUGGACUUGGUAUCCCCCUUUCUCAAGGAGUCGCCCUGCAGCUACAACAGACCAUUGACGUCUGGAGGGUUUUGAAAUUGACGAUUGGAAUGACGGACACGAUGUGUGAAGCGCUUGCCCAGUUGAUGGGCGCUCAGCGGGCAAAAGAAGAAGGCAGAGAUCUGCCUCUAUACAACCAUCAUUCGGUGUGCAGACCAUAUCUUCUAAGUUGUUGUCCGGCCGAUCUUUUGGGGGAUACAAGGUUGGAAGGGCUUGUUUCUUGUCGAAAGAUGCAUGAACCGACUCACAAAGCUGACUACGAGAAUGCUCAAGCACAGAAGGAUCAUUUCUAUGACAUAGAGCUUUACAACAUCUUGCAAGGCACAAUUCGCUUGGUGGAUGGUGAGAUUGAGAAGAUCAAGAACAAACUCGACCGAGACACGCGAGAUGCCGGAGAAAGCGCUGAAAUUGUGAAGAUGAAACGCAUUGCUGACAUUGAAGAGCAAAUCAAGUUGCUUGUUGGGGAAAUUGAAGAACUUGGCUCGCAGGGUAAAGUUGAGGAAUCAAUGCGCACCGCGAAGAAAGUCGAGGAGUUGGAACAAAAGAAAAACGAAUUGAAGAAUGAAGGAAAGAUGAACAUUCCAAUGACUUCUCAACAACGUCUUCGUGUUUGUGAUGACUGCGGUGCACAGCUCAAUAUCAUGGACCAUGAAUCGCGCUUGGCUGAUCAUUUUGGUGGCAAGAUGCAUUUGGGAAUGGUUGAAAUUCGAGAGCGUUACACCGAGAUGGGGAGCACCAUCGAUGAGCGUCGUAAGCUUUAUGGUGAGAAGAACGGUGACAGUGGAAGGGAGACACUG